CUCGGUUGUGCUUAUCACAGUAGAAAUAUCCUUCAGCUUUUGUUCAAAAAAAAAUAUCCUUCAGCUUCACUUCCCCACUCAUCAGUUGAAGUUCAUCACUGCUUACUUACUUUCCCAUUUCAAAUGCUUCAAUUCCAGAUCCAUAUUCUAAAUCCAGCUUUUAUACUAGGUUAUUGAUUUUGGGCACCUUUGAAUUCCUUCUGCCGGUGCAGUUGAAUUGAUGGGAUUGAGGAAGUGAUAAAGAGUUGAUAAUUGCACUCAUCUGAAGGAAUGAUUCUCUCUGCUCUUUUAACUUCUGUUGGAAUCAAUCUUGGCCUUUGUUUAUUAUUUUUUACUUUAUAUUCUAUAUUGAGGAAGCAGCCCAGUAAUGCCAUUGUUUAUGAACCACGCUGGGUUGCUGAAGAAAAAUCUGAGCAGAGAAGUCAGUUCAGCUUUGAAAGGUUAUUACCUUCUUCUGGUUGGGUGAGAAGGGCAUGGCAGCUCUCAGAAGAAGAACUAUUGUCAAUCUCUGGUUUGGAUGCUGUAGUCUUCAUGCGUAUUUUUAUCUUUAGCUUGAAAGUGUUUGCUUUUGCUGGGACUAUUGGUGUUUUUAUUCUUCUUCCUAUUAAUUAUCUGGGGGAUUUUUCUGACUUGGCAAACAAGUCCUUGGAUUCGUUCAGCAUUUCAAAUGUCACUAGUGGAUCAAACAGGUUAUGGAUUCACUUUUGUGCUGUUUAUGUUUUCACGGCAUUUGUCUGCUAUCUUCUUUAUUUUGAGUUUAACUAUAUUUCAUCAAAAAGGAUUGCCUAUUUCUAUGCAUCCAAACCUCAGCCACAUCAGUUUACUAUAUUAGUAAGAAGUAUCCCCGUCUCAUCCGGGAUCAGCGUCACUGAAAGUGUUCAAAACUUUUUUACAGAGUAUCAUUCUUCCACGUAUCUCUCGCAUUCAGUGGUUCGUCAAUCAGGCAAACUUCAGCAGCUACUUAGUGAUGCAGAUAAAUUGAAUAGGAGGCUUGUUCGCUUGAAGUCAACAAACCGUGCUCGAGAAAGGUUGAGGCGUGAUGGCUUUUUGGGAUUGUUUGGACACAAGGUUGAUCUUUUAGAUUACCAUGAAAAGAAGCUACAAGACUUGGAAGAUAACAUGCGGAUAGAGCAAUCUUCACUGGUGGGAAAGGAAGUUCCGGCUGCCUUUGUGUCUUUCAAGUCGCGUUAUGGUGCUGCAGUAGCUUUGCACAUCCAACAAAGGGUCAAUCCGACCGAGUGGGUUGCUGAGCCAGCUCCUGAGCCUCAGGAUGUUCACUGGCCCUUCUUUUCUGCAUCAUUCAUAAAAAGAUGGAUUUGCAAGUUCGUGGUUGUUGUCACAUAUAUUUCUAUUACAGUUCUAUUCCUUAUUCCAGUUUUCAUAGUGCAGGGUCUUACUAAUCUGUCUCAGUUGGAGACCUGGUUCCCUAUUCUGGAAGGCAUACUGAGUAUAGCAUUCGUCAGCGAAGUGAUUACAGGAUAUCUUCCUAGUCUUAUUCUCCAGAUGUUUCUAUUGUUUGUGCCACCCGUUAUGUUGAUGCUUUCUUCCAUCCAAGGGCAUAUUGCAUUCAGCCGGAUAGAAAAAAGCUCAUGUUUCAAGUUAUUGGGGUUUACCAUAUGGAAUGUAUUCUUCGCAAAUGUACUGUCUGGAUCAGCUCUCUACCAGGUUAAUGUCUUCCUAGAGCCCAAGGAAAUUCCUCGUGUAUUAGCUGAAGCUGUUCCAGCACAGGCUUCCUUUUUUAUUGCAUAUGUUGUGACAUCUGGCUGGACGGGCACAUCUAACGAACUUGUUCGACUGUUUCCCCUCAUCUGCAAUUUUAUAAAAAGAAGAUUGUCAGGAAAAGAUGGUGAUGAUUUUGAGGUGCCUUCAAUUCCUUACCACAGUCAAAUUCCCAAGAUUGCCUUUUUUGGACUUCUUGGUGUAACAUACUUCAUCCUUGCACCCCUAAUUCUUCCAUUUAUCUUGGUUUACUUCUGCCUAGGGUACAUCAUCUACCGUAAUCAGCUAUUGAAUGUUUAUGCACCCAAGUUUGAGACUGGUGGAAAGUUUUGGCCAGUAGUACACGGUUCAACAAUAUUUUCCCUGAUAUUGAUGCAAAUUAUUGCCAUUGGAAUAUUUGGGCUGAAGGAACUUCCCCUAGCAUCCGGCUUUUGUGUUCCUCUUCCAGUUCUCACUCUUAUAUUCAAUGACUAUUGCCAGAAACGUUUUCUACCCAUAUUCCAGGCUUAUUCUGCUGAGUGUUUGAUAAAGAAAGAUCGUGAUGAUCAGAAUGAUCCUUCAAUGGUCGAGUUCCUCAACGAAUUAGUCACUGCAUAUCGUGAUCCGGUUCUGAUGCCGAUUCAAUAUUCUGGAAGAAAUGAUAGAAACACUUCUCUCCUUCAUGCUGCUGAAGUUUGAAGUUGGAGGUGCAAGCUUGGAUUUGAGGAACAUAUAUCUCCAUGAGUUUGGGGUUAUGCAUCAGUUCUCAUGUUUUCUAUCAUUGUGGUGAGAGACUCAUAGGACCAACAAUGAAGUUGGUAACAAAUUGGAACUCGAUCAGUACCUUGUACCAAUGGUGAACAUCAGCAUUGUAGAUUUUGGCUUUACUAGCAUUUUAUCUGGAUUGUGUUUUUGUCAUAAAAGAACUUUUUUUUCAGGUUUUUAGUUGUAAUAACUUUUACAUAUGGCUCCAAUUUUGAGACUCAAAUGGAAUUCCUGAUUAAACUAUAAUGUUAUACUGCCUGAAUUCUUGUCA